GCGACACAGGCUCUACCGGGAGGAGCUGAACCUCACCUCGCCGGUGGCACCGCUGCCGCUCCGCCCAGAGGCCAGCUGGCUGCAGUUCCACCUGGGCAUCAGCCGGGACGGGCUCUACCCCCGCUCCAGCCCCACCGUCAACAGGCUGCUCCGGGACAUGCAGGAGUUCACCACUAUCAGUGCUGACUACAGCCAGGAUGAGAAGGCACUGCUGGGAGCCUGCGACUGCAGCCAGGUCGUGAAGCCCAGCGGCGUGCACCUGAAACUGGUCCUCAGGUUCCAGGAUUUUGGCAAAGCCAUGUUCAAACCCAUGAGGCAGAAACGUGAGGAGGAGACUCCAGAGGACUUCUUCUACUUCGUCGACUUCCAGCGGCACAACGCGGAGAUCGCCGCCUUCCACCUGGACAGGAUCCUGGAUUUUCGGAGGGUGCCACCCACCGUGGGGAGGCUGAUCAAUGUCACCAAGGACAUCCUGGAGGUCACCAAGAAUGAGGUCCUGCAGAGUGUCUUCUUCAUCUCCCCAGCCAGCAACGUGUGCUUCUUUGCCAAGUGCCCGUACAUGUGCAAGACAGAGUAUGCAGUGUGUGGGAACCCUCACCUCCUGGAAGGGUCCCUCUCUGCCUUCCUGCCCUCCCUCAACCUGGCACCACGACUCUCCAUCCCAAACCCCUGGAUCCGCUCCUACUCGUUUGAUGGAAAAGAGGAGUGGGAAGUGAAUCCACUCUACUGCAACACAGUGAGGGAGAUCUACCCCUACAGCAACGGCAACAGGCUGCUGAACAUCGUGGACAUGGCCAUAUUUGACUUCCUAAUAGGGAACAUGGACAGACACCACUACGAGAUGUUCACCAAGUUUGGGGACGAUGGCUUCCUCCUACACCUGGACAACGCCAGAGGGUUCGGGCGACAUUCCCACGAUGAAACCUCCAUCCUGGCCCCACUCUUCCAGUGCUGCAUAAUAAAGAGGACGACGUUGCUACGGCUGCAGCUCCUGGCCCAGCCCGAGUACCAGCUGAGUGAUGUGAUGAGGGAGUCCCUCCUGCAGGACCUCCUGGCACCCGUCCUCACCGAGCCCCACCUCCUGGCCCUGGACAGGCGCCUACAGCUCAUCCUCAAGGCUGUCAGGAAAUGCAUAGACACCUAUGGAGAGGCCAAGGUGGUGGCCAACGACACCAGGCAGCCCGAGGCUGACAGAGUGAAGCUGACCACUUAA